AUGCGUUUCCAGAUCGUUUUCGCUAUUCUAGCUACAUACGCUGCAUCCGCUAUGGCGGGUGCUUGCGAGGACUGCCAGCGAACAUGUCCUAGGCCCAGCGAGGCUGAGUGCAGUAAGCCAUUUGCGACUCUAUUUUUCGAAAAAUGA